AUGGGCGAGAACGACCAAGUCGUGCCCUCGUCCGCCCUCCAUGACCUGCUCGUCCAGCGCCGUCUCGUCUCCGCCCGCCACGUUAGCGAACCCGAAGCCGCCGCCUACAGCCGCAACCUCCAGAGCCACAUGACGUACGUCGAAGACGUCCACAUGCUCGCCAAGACCGCGGGCCACGCGUUCCCCUACCACUUGGGCGUGUCCCAGCGGCACUUGACGUCGUCGCCUCGUCGCCGUCUCUCGCCUCAAGAGCUCGUGGCUCAAGAGCUCCAAGCCGCACAGUCCCGUCUCCCUCGUCGUCGUCUCAUUGCCGAGGUCAAUACCACCACCAGCAGCAGCUCCUCCUCUUCCUCCUCCUCAGCUGCUGCUGCUGCCAAGUACUGGAACUGGUGCGACGCUAAUAAUUCCUUUGGCUACAGCGUGUGCUCGUCGGUCAAGAGUCAGCAAAAUUGCGGCAGCUGCUGGGCUUUUGCAGCGGCUGAUGCCAUUGAAACAGCGGUCGUGAUUGCCGAAAAGGCGUCGGCAGCGGUCUCGCUCUCGCCGCAGCAGUUUUUGACGUGCAGCACGUUGGCUACGACGCAGACGUUUGCCUACUGCUGGGCGACGGACAAUGGCGUCGACAGUGCGACGUGGAUGGAGACAGAGAUCAAGUGGGAGUCGCAGAACAAUGGCUGUAAUGGCGGCAUGACGCACGGUGCGUUUAUUGAUGCCGCGCAGAACAAAUGGGGACUCAUGACGGAGCUCACGAUGCCAUACGAUGACUCCGUUCCGAGUCUCUUGUCGGCUAAUAAUGCCUCGUCCGUCUGUGCGGUGAGCACGAAUGAAACGGCGGCGAGUAUCACGGGCUGGGAGCAGAUUGUUGGCGUGGACUGCACGACGUCGAGCAACUGCAAUACGUUGCUCCGGUCGGCGGUGGAACGACAGCCGAUUGCCGUUGCGAUCAAUUCGGAAGACCCGUUUGGCGAGUACGCUGGUGGGUUCUAUAGCUGUCCGAACAAUGGGAACUUGGCAUCAAAGGACGACGUGAACCACGCGCUUGUGCUGGUGGGAUAUGGCACGGAUGCCGUGGAAGGCGACUACUGGAUAUUGAAGAAUUCCUAUGGCAGUGCAUGGGGUGCAAGCGGCUUUAUGAAGCUUGUUGCCGACUCCAAGGUGAAUUGCGGGCUCAAUAUCUUCCCUGUCAUUCCAACAGGUGCCUCGGCUGGUGUUGCAGCGUCGACGAGCAUUGACAGUGGCGGGGCGAAGGUGUUUGUUGGGUUGAGUCCGUCUUCCUGGAUUGCUGUCGCAGUUGCCACGACUAUUUUCACAGUCAUGGCUACAGCCGUUGGCCUGCUCGUCUCGCAGCGCAAAAUGAGUUCGAUCCGCAAACAGAAGCUGGUCAUGUACGCAGCACGAAGAAAUGGCCAGCAGACGGCGGCCCGUUAG